CGAGGCGGCCGUUAACGGCUCGUUGGGAGGGAAAGAGGCUUUUGUCGGCGCGACUGUUUUGAGGAGCUGUGAGGAGAAUUCAGAAUGGCAGAUGAGGAAAUUGCUGCUCUGGUUGUGGACAAUGGAUCCGGAAUGUGCAAAGCAGGAUUUGCAGGAGACGAUGCCCCCAGGGCAGUCUUCCCUUCCAUCGUAGGGAGGCCCAGGCACCAGGGGGUUAUGGUGGGCAUGGGCCAGAAAGACAGCUAUGUGGGGGAUGAGGCACAGAGCAAGAGGGGCAUUCUGACCCUGAAGUACCCUAUUGAACAUGGCAUCGUCACCAACUGGGAUGACAUGGAGAAGAUCUGGCACCAUACCUUCUAUAAUGAGUUGCGGGUUGCCCCAGAAGAACACCCAGUGUUACUUACCGAAGCUCCCCUAAAUCCCAAAGCCAACAGGGAGAAGAUGACCCAGAUUAUGUUUGAAACCUUCAACACACCAGCUAUGUAUGUGGCCAUCCAGGCAGUGCUAUCCCUGUAUGCCUCUGGCCGUACAACUGGGAUAGUCAUGGACUCUGGAGAUGGGGUCACCCACACUGUACCCAUCUAUGAGGGUUAUGCGCUGCCCCAUGCCAUCCUCCGACUGGACCUGGCUGGCCGUGACUUAACUGACUACCUCAUGAAGAUCCUGACUGAGAGGGGCUACAGCUUUACAACCACAGCUGAGAGGGAGAUUGUGCGAGAUAUCAAAGAGAAGCUCUGCUAUGUUGCCCUGGACUUUGAGCAGGAGAUGGCCACAGCUGCCUCAUCAUCAUCUUUGGAGAAGAGCUAUGAGCUGCCUGAUGGCCAGGUGAUCACCAUUGGCAAUGAGCGCUUCAGGUGUCCCGAGGCCCUCUUCCAGCCCUCCUUCCUAGGCAUGGAGUCCUGUGGCAUCCACGAAACCACUUUCAACUCCAUCAUGAAGUGUGACGUGGACAUCCGAAAGGAUUUGUAUGCCAACACGGUGCUUUCAGGUGGUACCACCAUGUACCCUGGCAUCGCUGACAGAAUGCAGAAGGAGAUCACUGCCUUGGCCCCCAGCACUAUGAAGAUCAAGAUCAUUGCCCCACCAGAGCGCAAAUAUUCUGUCUGGAUUGGUGGCUCCAUUUUGGCAUCUCUCUCCACCUUCCAGCAGAUGUGGAUCAGCAAGCAAGAGUAUGAUGAGUCUGGCCCCUCAAUUGUCCACCGUAAAUGUUUUUAAUGGUGUCACAAAGCCAGCCUUUUGUCCAGAGUUAAUUCAUAAAAAUGAGGCAGAUCUUACAAAUUUCCUAGUAUUGGACUGUUCCUGAAUCCUCCAUUCCACAACAUGUCUUGUAUACUCUUAAAUCUUGCAAACGUUGAAUGACCAGUAACAAACGAAGUUUGGGGACCUUCUCCAUUGUCCACAUGUUCCACCUCCUGUCUUCCGAAUGUGGUGUUUGGGAAUGAAGUGUUAACUGCUAUAGUAGGAAUUAUAGAUUCCAUUAUUGGCAAUUUUUCUGUGAAACAAAGCUAAUAAAUGGUUACUAACAAUA